GCGUUUGUCGCGCGCAAGCGCAGUUAAAGUCACAUGGUGGCUGCGGACUUACGGCGGUGUUAAGGAUUUACUGGUGGUACUUGUAACUUCUCUCUGGGCGUCAGACUCAAAAUUGACCAGGAGGAUGUUAGGCUCAAAGAACAUGCCCUGGCGGCGGCUUCAGGGCAUUUCCUUCGGGAUGUAUUCGGCUGAGGAGCUCAAGAAAUUGAGUGUUAAAUCUAUUACGAACCCUCGGUACCUGGACAGCCUGGGGAACCCGUCGGUGAACGGCUUGUAUGAUUUAGCUCUGGGCCCUGCAGAUUCCAGAGAGGUGUGCUCUACCUGCGUGCAGGACUUCAGCAACUGCGCUGGCCACCUGGGCCAUAUUGAGCUCCCCCUCACAGUGUACAACCCUCUCCUCUUCGAUAAGCUCUACCUGUUGCUCCGGGGCUCCUGUUUAAACUGCCACAUGCUGACUUGCCCCCGGGCUGUGAUUCACCUCCUACUCUGCCAGCUGCGAGUGCUGGAAGUUGGAGCGCUUCAAGCAGUAUAUGAGCUGGAGAGAAUUCUGAACAGGUUUCUGGAAGAAAACUCUGACCCUACUGCCUUUGAAAUUCAGGAAGAGUUAGAACGAUAUACAACCAAAAUUGUACAGAACAACCUCCUGGGAUCCCAGGGUGCACAUGUGAAAAAUGUCUGUGAGAGCAAGAGCAAUCUCAUUACUUACUUCUGGAAGGCACAUAUGACUGCUAAGCGAUGUCCCCACUGCAAGACUGGGCGGUCAGUUGUCCGAAAGGAGCAUAACAGCAAACUGACAAUCACGUAUCCAGCCAUGGUGCACAAGAAGGCUGGCCAGAAGGACACAGAGCCCCUAGGAAUUGAGGAAGCUCAGAUGGGAAAACGAGGCUACCUAACACCCACCAGCGCACGAGACCAUCUUAGUGCCCUCUGGAAGAAUGAAGGAUUCUUUCUGAAUUUCCUUUUUUCGGGACUGGAAGAUGUUGGCAUGGAGUCUAGUUUCAGCCCCAGUAUGUUCUUUCUGGAUUUCUUAGUGGUGCCUCCCUCAAGAUAUCGCCCUGUCAAUCGCCUGGGGGACCAGAUGUUUACCAAUGGCCAGACGGUGAACUUGCAGGCUGUCAUGAAGGACAUGGUUCUGAUCCGAAAGCUUCUGGCGUUGAUGGCUCAAGAACAGGAGCUGCCAUGUGAGGUGGCAGCACCUGCCAAAGAUGAGGAAAAAGACUCUUCAGUUACUAUGGACCGAUCCUUUUUGAGUAUGCUUCCAGGCCAGUCCCUCACAGACAAACUAUACAACAUUUGGAUUCGCCUUCAGAGCCACGUCAAUAUUGUAUUUGAUAGCGAGAUGGACAAAUUAAUGAUGGAAAAGUACCCUGGCAUUAGACAGACCUUAGAGAAGAAGGACGGCUUGUUCCGAAAGCACAUGAUGGGGAAGCGAGUAGACUAUGCAGCUCGCUCGGUCAUCUGCCCAGACCUGUACAUCAACACCAACGAGAUUGGAAUCCCCAUGGUUUUUGCCACAAAGCUGACCUACCCUCAGCCAGUUACCCCCUGGAACGUUCAGGAACUGAGGCAAGCAGUCAUCAACGGCCCCAAUGUGCACCCAGGAGCUUCCAUGGUCAUCAACGAGGAUGGCAGUCGCACAGCCUUGAGUGCCGUGGACCUGACCCAGCGGGAGGCCGUAGCCAAACAGCUUCUGACACCAGCCACGGGGACGCCAAAGCCCCAGGGGACAAAGAUUGUGUGCCGGCAUGUGAAAAACGGGGACAUUCUCCUCCUGAACCGACAGCCCACCCUGCACAAACCCUCCAUCCAGGCACAUCACGCCCGCAUCCUUCCCGAAGAGAAAGUCCUACGGCUCCACUAUGCCAACUGCAAAGCCUACAAUGCUGACUUUGAUGGAGACGAGAUGAAUGCCCACUUUCCCCAGAGUGAGCUGGGCCGGGCCGAAGCCUCUGUCCUGGCCUGCACGGAUCAGCAAUACCUUGUUCCCAAGGAUGGCCAGCCAUUGGCAGGCUUGAUCCAGGAUCACAUGGUUUCAGGUGCAAACAUGACCACUCGAGGUUGCUUUUUCAACCGGGAGCAGUACAUGCAACUGGUAUACCGAGGACUUACGGACAAAGUGGGGCGCGUGAAGUUCUUUCCUCCCGCCAUCCGAAAGCCUUUUCCGCUAUGGACGGGAAAGCAGGUCGUGUCGACGCUGCUCAUAAACAUAAUCCCAGAGGAGCACAUCCCAUUGAAUUUAUCGGGCAAGGCGAAGAUCAGCGGGAAAGCCUGGGUGAAAGAGUCUCCUCGACCUGUUCCCGGCUUUAACCCCAACUCCAUGUGCGAGUCCCAGGUGAUCAUCAGGGAAGGGGAGCUGCUCUGCGGAGUGCUGGACAAAGCGCACUAUGGGAGCUCUGCCUACGGCCUGGUCCACUGCUGCUAUGAGAUCUACGGAGGGCAGACCAGUGGCAAGGUUCUCACCUGCCUGGCCCGACUUUUCACUGCCUACCUGCAGCUAUACAGAGGCUUCACCUUGGGCAUGGAAGACAUCUUGGUUACACCCAAGGCAGACGGCAAGAGACACAGGAUCAUCGGCGAGUCCACCCACUGUGGGCCCCGGGCUGUCAGGGCUGCCUUAAACCUGCCAGAAACUGCAUCAUGUGAUGAGGUCCGAGGGAAAUGGCAGGAUGCCCAUCUGGGCAAAGACCAGAGGGAUUUUAACAUGAUCGAUCUAAAGUUCAAGGAGGAAGUGAACCAUUACAGUAAUGAGAUUAACAAGGCAUGCAUGCCUUUUGGCCUGCACAGACAGUUCCCAGAGAACAACCUGCAGAUGAUGGUGCAGUCUGGAGCCAAAGGUUCAACUGUGAACACCAUGCAGAUUUCAUGCCUGCUGGGCCAGAUUGAAUUGGAAGGUCGGAGACCCCCACUGAUGGCGUCUGGCAAGUCACUGCCCUGCUUUGAGCCUUAUGAAUUCACCCCCAGGGCUGGUGGUUUUGUCACUGGCAGAUUCCUCACUGGCAUUAAGCCUCCUGAGUUCUUCUUUCACUGCAUGGCAGGGCGAGAGGGUCUGGUCGACACCGCUGUGAAAACCAGCCGCUCUGGCUACCUCCAAAGGUGCAUCAUCAAGCACCUGGAGGGGCUGGUUGUCCAGUAUGACCUGACAGUCCGCGACAGUGACGGCAGCGUGGUACAGUUCCUGUAUGGAGAGGACGGUCUGGACAUCCCCAAGACACAAUUCCUACAGCCCAAGCAGUUUCCCUUCCUCGCCAGCAACUACGAGGUAAUAAUGAAAUCGAAGCAUCUCCAUGAAGUUUUAUCCAGAGCAGAUCCCCAAAAAGCUCUCCGCCACUUCAGAGCCAUCAAAAAAUGGCAGAACAAGCAUUCUAACACCUUGCUGAGAAAAGGCGCCUUCUUGAGUUAUUCCCAGAAAGUUCGGGAAGCUGUGAAAGCCUUGAACCUCCAGGAUGCCAACCAGCAUGGCCGCAGCCCCGGGACUUACCAGAUGCUGAGGAUGUGGGGUGAGUUAGAUGAGCAGAGUCGAAGGAAAUACCAGAAGAAGGCGGCUCCUUGUCCUGACCCCAGUCUGUCUGUCUGGCGCCCGGACAUCUACUUUGCAUCAGUGUCAGAAACAUUUGAAAAAAAGAUGGAUGACUACAGUUGCGAGUGGGCAUCCCAAGCAGAGAAGAGUUAUGAGAAAUCAGAGCUUUCCCUUGACAGGUUGAGGACCCUGCUGCAGCUGAAGUGGCAGCGCUCACUGUGCGACCCGGGCGAGGCGGUGGGCCUGCUGGCCGCCCAGAGCAUCGGGGAACCCUCGACACAGAUGACUCUGAACACCUUCCACUUCGCUGGCAGAGGCGAGAUGAAUGUCACUCUGGGCAUUCCGAGGUUGAGGGAGAUUCUCAUGGUGGCCAGCGCCAACAUCAAGACACCCAUGAUGAGUGUGCCCGUGCUCAACACCAAAAAAGCACUGAAGAGAGUGAAAAGCCUGAAGAGGCAGCUCACCAGAGUGUGCUUAGGGGAGGUGUUGCAGAAAAUUGAUGUCCAGGAGUCCUUCUGUAUGGGAGAAAAGCAGAACAAGUCUCGGAUGUACCAGCUGCGGUUUCAUUUCCUGCCACAUGCAUAUUACCAGCAAGAGAAGUGCCUGAAACCUAAGGACAUCCUGCACUUCAUGGAAACAAGAUUCUUUAAAAUUCUUAUGGAAUCCAUCAGAAAGAAGAAUAGCAAAGCAUCAGCUUUCAGAAGCGUGAACACUCGAAGAGCUACCCAGCGGGACCUAGACAAUGCUGGAGAGUCAGAGAGGAAUCAGGGUGAGCAGGAAGGUGAUGAGGAAGAGGAGGGGCACAUCGUGGAUGCCGAAGCUGAAGAGGGAGAUGCUGAUGCCUCUGACAUCAAACGCAAGGAGAAGCAAGAGGAGGAGGUUGAUUAUGAGAGCGAGGAAGAGGGAGAGAAGGAGGGAGAGGAGAAUGACGACGAGGAGGAUGUGCAGGAGGAAGGAAACGUUUGUGGGGAGGGCGCCCACAGGGCCCAGGAGCAGGACGAAGAAGUGGGCUCAAGCCCCGAGGAGAACUCGCCCCCUGCUCCAGCCCCGAGACAGCACCGGAAACCCACCUGCAGCCCAGAGCCCCAGGGAGCUGAGGCCGUGGAACACCGGGUGCAGGCCGUGUGUGAAUCCCACCCGUUCAUAGAGGACUACCAGUAUGACUCGGAGGAGAGCCUGUGGUGCCAGGUGACAGUGAAGCUCCCUCUAAUGAAGGUUAACUUUGAUAUGAGCUCCCUGGUAGUGUCCUUGGCCCAUAGCACCGUCAUCUAUGCGACCAAGGGCAUCACAAGGUGCCUCCUGAAUGAAACCACCACCAACAAGAACGAGAAGGAGCUUAUCUUAAACACAGAAGGAAUCAACCUGCCAGAGCUUUUCAAGUAUGCUGAGGUUCUGGAUUUGCGCCGCCUGUAUUCCAAUGACAUCCACGCGAUGGCCAGCACCUAUGGCAUCGAGGCUGCACUGCGGGUUAUCGAGAAGGAGAUCAAGGACGUGUUUGCCGUGUACGGCAUUGCAGUCGAUCCCCGCCAUCUCUCCCUGGUCGCGGACUAUAUGUGCUUCGAAGGUGUUUACAAGCAACUGAACCGCUUUGGGAUCCGGUCAAAUUCGUCCCCUCUACAACAGAUGACGUUUGAAACCAGCUUCCAGUUCCUGAAACAAGCCACCAUGAUGGGAUCCCAUGACGAGCUGAGGUCCCCUUCCGCCUGCCUUGUGGUUGGAAAGGUCGUCAAGGGUGGAACGGGCCUAUUCGAACUCAAGCAGCCCCUGAGAUAGCAGUCACCACAGCACCAUCUCCCUGGCCUGGAGGAUGUCUCAGAGGACCCAGAGGAGGGCCGGGCCUUCACGUGAGACAACCAGGAGACCAGAAUCUUGGGCAGUUCAAAAUGACAAUGCAAAUCACAACAGUGAUCUUGGGGUUCCAAAAAGCAGCUGGCCUUUGGGCUGGACCAGCUUCAACUGGAAAGUGGUAGCGUCACUCGUCCUUGCCCCUCCCCAUCUCAGGAUACAGACAAGCUUCGCCAGGUCCUCCGAGUCCCUCCGAGGGUGCAGGGCCUUCCUCUGUGCUGCAGAUACCAGAUUCCUGGCCACCCCAGGGUAGGGAGGUGGGGGCCCAUUGUGUGAGCAGCCAGUCACUGCAGACAGGACUCCUGCGGGCUCUUGAGAAGGGAUAAGGAGCCUGCUGCCCCAAGGCCUGCUCCUCCUGGCCGCACCAACCCCUGGGGACAGAUUUCCCAGACUCUCUACCCAAGGCUCUCCCUGGGCCAGCCACCGGAUGGCACAGAUCUCUGCCCACCCAGCUUCUGUGCCUGGGGCAGAGUCCUGGUCCCGCUGGCAUGUGGCAGGCAACAUAUCCUCCUAAAUUAGAUCAGCCCCGUGUCUGGGGCCUGUUUCUCCAGGGCCCCGUCUCUCCAGGGCCCCAGCAGCUCAUCCCAACACAUUAACCUUGAGUGGCUGGCCAGGCUACACUGCAAACAAGCUGCUUGGCCAUCUUUUCCUGGUUCUGCUCUGAGCCCAGCAUUGAGGCCCAUGUUUUUGUCUGCAAGUCCUACUGUUUCAGGGUCAGCUGGCCUCCCUUGACCUCUGGCACCACAGCAAGGGGCCCUGGCAUGAACAGAAAAGUCAGAGGACUUAUACAAAAGCUUUGUAAAACCAGAGGCUGUUUCUAUUUUUGUCUAAUGUUAUUCCAGCUGAGGCUGAGUAAUAAACAUCACUGGAACUAGCUAUUGGGAGGGAGAAAGCUUGGGUUUGUUUUUUUCUUUCCCCCUUGGUUUACGGUUUCUGCAUUUGUGAUUUGGGAGCUCAGGACUGCAAUUUCUCAGCAGUCACAUGUUGGGUCCUCAUCCCGUUCUUGACAGAGGACCUGGAGGGAGAGCUCAGCCCUACAGCUUCCCACUCUGACCCCAGCCUGCCCCUACAGCAUCCCCCUUCCAGAGCCAGCUUCAGGCCCAGACUCCAGGAGAGUGGAAGCCAGUGGGAAGGAGCUGUGUGUGUACGGGGUAGGAAGGGAGGCCUUACCUGGCAAGAGAGACCCCUCUGCUCUCUCCAGACAUGAUGGAAGCCAGCCUGGGCCUCCUCUGCCCACACUGGGGAAAACCUGGCAGAAACGGCUCACCAAGGCUGGGGUAUGAACAUCUUCCAAGGGCACAGGAAGUAGGGUCACCGUGGAACCCUGCAACACAGGUUAAGCUGUGCAUUCUGGGAGCUAGAGGGCCAAUUCACUACUUGAUGAUUUCCACUCCUACUAGAAUUGUGGGAGAGGGUCCUCAGGGGAGUUAACUCAGUGGACAAAUGCACAUGAUUGCCUGGCCCCAGGGCUGGGCAUAAGCACGGAAGUCGCAGGUCAGCCCCACCCAGGCAUGGGGGCACAGAGGUGAAGGAGCAAACCGAGAAUAUAGACAGGCCGUGACUGCACACUGAAGCCAGACUCUGACCUGUGUUGAGAGUGAGGCGAUGGCCCCCUGCCCUUCCUGCCUUAUCCUUCCACUCGUUUCCUGUUUAUAUGCUUUUCUCUCCCAGGUUUUACCUUAUUCCUGGUUUGUAAGCAGACAUUCUAGAGCUUUGCCUUGGUGGACCAGGGAUUUUGCCUCACUCCCCUUAACUGAAUUACACACUCACUUCACUGAUUUUUUGUUUAGAAGCCUCGUGGGUGGCCUCCCUUGCUGUUUAAGAUGGCAUAUUUUUUUGGAAUAGUCUCAGUAUUGUAAAUGUUCUUUCUCUGAGGGCACAUUUGAUUUUUCAAAAGAGACUAAUAAGUGCACGCCAAAAUACACGAAAAGGCUGCAUCAAGCUGCAUGAUCAUUUUUUAAUCAAAGCGGACUGAAGAGUGACUGUCUGGUGGGGUUCUCAGACUUCAUGGAAGCUGUGAGUCCUUUUGGAACCCUGAGGUGCUGUAAGCAGCCACUGUUCUUGGACGUCCUCCCCAGCUUACCCUUUGUGUGUCAACAUCCUACCUACUUGCUUGUAACAGUUAAUUUUUUUUUUAAUCUGUCCUUUCUAGUUUCCCAUCAAAAACACUACCAGCAUUCCUACCAGUACCCCUGUGAGUCUGAAACAUUUUCUUUCUGAAACAGGAAACAAGAAUGAAUGAAGCAACUCUUCCCAUUCCCAA